AUGUGCAACAGCACGGAAGAAUUACUACGAAGUAAAUGGAUAAUGAAAGUUUUACAAAUAUAUUUGCGUGAUUUCAAAGAUAUCAUCGUUGAUAUUGGAUUGAUAACUUAUCAAUUAGUUGAGACAAUGAUUCAGUCAUUGAUCAUGAAAAUCACUCAACUUCCUAAAAAUAUUGCCGAAUCAUCAGUUCGAGAGUUCAAGCAUUUCUUCAAUUUAGGACCAGUACCAGAUAAUUUUGAUUAUUCCUUUUUAGCGAU